AGAGAGAGAGAGGAAAGACAGAGUGAGAGGGAGAGCGAGAGAGAGCGAGAGAGAGAGAGGGAGCGAGAGAGAGAGAGAGAGAGAGGGAGUGCGAUCUGAUCAACAACAACACUGUUCUUCUCAGGAGCCGCGUUUACCGGAUCCAGCUCUUUCCUGCGGCCUCGGUGGAGAAGAGGCUACGAGGACUUUGUGUCCGUUACCGGCAAACAUUCUGUCGUGUGCCGUUCUUCAUACAUUCGUUGUGUUGAAUGCCAUUGCGGAAGUGAGAAGCUUCCCGUCACGACACAAAGCCUGGGCUGUGCGGACCUCUAGCGGCCAAUCGGGAGAGGUUCUCGAGAUGUACGGAGCGUCAGGUAUCCCGGAGCUCCUCCCGACCAGCGGGCCGGUCCGGCAGCCGGGUCCGGCGGGGCAGUACAGCCCGGGACACCCCCAGGUGAACGGCGACGGCGGCGGGGGCGGGUCCAACCCUCAGAGGCUCGGACAGAGGGCGCCCAAGCUCGGAAUGAUUGGUCGAACCAAGAAAGUGGACUUGGACGAUGAAGACUUGGAUGACAUCAUGAACAACAACGGGCAGUGUCCUGUAUCCAUGUCGCCCAUCUCUUAAACUUCACCAAGAAGUGCCAAGAAAAAAAGAAGAGAAAUCCCUCAGGAAGCCAAAACUCCCUGUCGGUGACCUCGGCCUUGACCCUGUCAUGUGUCCGACUGACGCUUCUGAUGGCUCAACCGGGCACAAAAAAAAUGCCUCAUUUAGCGGCAGCUGAAGCCUCGGCCCUGAUUGUACAUAGUGUUUAUUUAACUUACCUUUGGUCCGACUGUGAAUGGAUUGUAUUGCAUCGCUCUCUGCUCUGUGCCUUGGUAGGCAGUAGAUUAUCAGGACUUGAGGGAAGGAAGUGUCUAUAUUUUUCAGAGCUUCUUAACAAGGGCUACAUUUCUAAAGUUGCACUGAGCAAAUGUUUUGGUUGAAAAGCAGCUUCUCACCUGCCUGUUUUCUGGUGAGGGUUUCUGAGUCUGUGGGUUUGGCUGUGUGAGUGAACACAGACCCGUUAAUGUCUAACACACAGGUGAAAUAUUAAGCUUUGGUUGUGCAAUGACUAUCGUUCUGUCCUUUCACACCGAUGCAAGUGGUGUACUAUCCAGUGGACGAAAGCUCGCUAUUUACUAAAGGAAAAAUAAAACUACUGCUAGUUAUUUAUUGUUUAAAAGAAGAAGAAAAGAAAAAAAGAAACACUUUGGUGUGUUGUUAUGGCUUCUAAAUGUUUUUUACUCGUUUCUGAAUGGAAAUUGCUUCAGUCAUCUAUAACUGAGAUUGAAUAAUGUUUCCAAAAUGGUGCACUUUUGUGGGAAUGCCUGUUAUGUGCAGUGUGACGUGUUGCAGAAUUCUAUGCAUGGAGUCUGUUAAAGCAUCAAAACACGUAACUGGUAUCCUGUUAUUAAGGGCUAAUGUAGAAGUAUUUCAAACCGCACCGUUAUGCUCUUUAGAUCACGCUGAGUCGACACUUUUCCUGAAAAGCUCCUUGUUGGCCCGGGCCGCGGACUGAAAGGUCGUAAACAACCACCGGUUUAUGGAGGUUUCGUUAGCCUUCGGAGGCGGGGUUUUCCCAGUUGGCCAGUCGACUGUGAUAAAAGACACGUACGGCUCCAGCACUUUGAAAUCAAUUGCCAAAUGCUAUUUGAUUGAAAUAGAUUGGCACACAGACAUAAUGUCAUAAUGAGCGACACGCCCUUUGUAUUCAUAUAUACAGCAGCAAUCUGCUUACGUGACACCCCGAUGGGUGUCAGAGUGUCUUUAAAAGAUAAUGUCAACCUUUACUUCACAAUUACAGUAUGAGAUAAUGACCACACGCAGCUCUCUAUGAUUAGUUCUCACUGCUGAGACAAUCUUAACACUGAUGCUUUUUUUUGGGAGGGAGGGGGGGGGGGGGGGGGGGGGGGGUGUCUUUUUCUUUUUUUUAAAGAUUGCGGUGGACCUUGAGAUGACACGCUAUUGUCGGUAGAGGCUCAUGCUGAUCCCAUCUGCAUGGAAAUGGACGACCUUUCAUCGUGCGUCUUUGGAAAUUAAAGAUGAAUCUUUGUGGAACCUU